AAUCCGUCAAAUUCAAUCACAGUUGUUGUUAUACACCUUGUCUUUUCUUAUCAUUUCAAAAUGAACUUUUUAAAAACUACAAGACAUUCGAUACGCUUCGCUCAAAAAAGAGGAUUGGUUAAAUUACAACUGACAGAGGGUCUUAGAACAACUUCAUUGCGUCCUUAUUCCUCAACAUCACCUGUUCAUGCACAUCAUGUUGCUAAAAAAGAAAGUAGUAACAUUCCAUGGGUUAUUGGUUCACUUGUUGUUUUUGGUCCUCUUUUGUUCAAGUUGACUUCUCCGCCACCUCCAAAGAAGAAGAAUUUACAGUCAAAUGAACAUCAUAAUGUACCUGCAGUAACCCCACCUGUCAUUACUCCUAAAGAAGAAGAAGACAAAGAAGAAAGUAAGACAGGAGACAAGAAAGUCGAGGAAAUUAAGCCUGUUACUGUAAAAGAAGUACAGAAGCCUUAUGUUCUUGUAGGCGCUGGUACAGCUUCAUUUGCUGCUGCUCAAGCUAUAAAAGAGAAGGAUCCUAACGCUAACGUUAUUAUUAUUGGUAACGAAGGUUAUGCGCCCUAUAUGAGGCCUCCUUUGUCUAAAGAACUUUGGUUUUCAAACGAUCCUGAAGUUGGCACAAAGUUACUUUUUAAGGAUUGGUCUGGUACUGAAAGAAAUGCUAUUUAUCAAGAUAUUUCAGAAUAUGAAGUCAUUCAAGAUGCUUCUGGAUCAGAUCUCGAAACACCCAAAAUUAAGCUGUUGUUAAACAAAACAGUUACAAAAUUAAAUGUAGAGGAUCAUACAGUAACCUUAGAUGAUGGAAGUAUGAUUUAUUACAACAAAGUUUUAUUAGCUACUGGUGGUGAGCCAAAGAAACUAUCUAUUCAAACUAAUAGUAAACAUAUUACAACUUUCCGUAAUGUUUAUGACUUUCAAAAAUUGGACAAAAUUGCAAAGGAUGGUGCUCAUAUAGCUGUAGUUGGUGGUGGUUUCCUUGGAUCUGAACUUGCAGUGGCCCUUGCUCAUCGAUCGACGAAAGAGAAUUUGAAGGUAACUCAAAUCUUCCCUGAAGAUGGUAAUAUGGCCAAGGUAUUCCCUGGCUAUCUUACCAAAUGGACUACAAGCCGUGUUCGUAAAUUAGGAGUAGAUGUUAAAGAAAGGAGUCGUGUUGAGUCAAUUGCUAUUACAGAUGAUGAUAAGACAAGUGUUAAGUUAAGUAAUGGUGAAUCCCUAUUGGUUGAUCAUGUUAUCGUGGCUAUCGGUAUCGAACCUCGAGUUGAUUUAGCCAGGGAUGCUGGUCUCGAGAUCGAUGAAGAGCGUUUAGGCGUAGUUGUCAAUGCUGAACUUGAAGCACGUAAAGAUGUUUAUAUUGCAGGUGAUAUGGUUUCUUUUCAUGAUGUUCAACUAGGACGUCGUCGUAUUGAACAUCACGACCAUGCUGUUUUAAGUGGUCGACAUGCUGGUGAAAAUAUGGUGACUAAUAAGGGUCGUGCUUAUGACCAUCAGUCUAUGUUUUGGUCUGAUUUAGGUCCUGAGAUUGGUUAUGAGGCUGUUGGUCUAAUAAAUUCUCAAUUAUCGACUGUUAGUAUUUGGGCUAAAGCAUCUGCUAAUGAUACACCUGCUGCUGCUGCUGCUUCUGCUGCCACUACUACAGCUGAAUCUGUUACAGAAGAGGUUUCUAAAGCCACUGCUAAUAAACAAGAAAAUCCAUUCAAGGAUGAAAAGUUUGGAAAAGGUCUUGUCUUUUAUGUUCGUGACCAAAAGAUUGUUGGUCUUGUUUUAUUCAACGUAUUUGGAAAGGUUCAAGAAGCUAGAAAUAUAAUUAAUGGAGGCUAUACUACAGAUAAAAUUGAUAGUCUUGUAAAGCAAUUUGAUCUUUAUUCCAAAGAUCCUUAAAUAUAAAUUUUAUUGUCAUUUUUUUUUUAAAAAAAAAAUAUAUUCAAUAUGUAUCUUUUUUUUUAUAUUUGUGUAUAUAUGUAUCAGUUAAUUUU